UAUACAGAAACACAUCUCACCCACGCACACACACUCGCCCGUGUAUUUCUCUGGCGUAUCUGUCUUCUUGCCUCAGCGGGAGUCAUUUUUCAGAAACGCGGUUUUUUUAGGCCCCAGAACGAAUUGCUGAGCUUCGAGAGGAGGAAGAGUGACGCUAGGGGUCAGAAGGCAGAGGUUAGAGGGCCGAAUUGGCGGGAGAAUAGGUUUGUGGUCCAAGAUCAGAGAUUGCAGAGGCUCCUUAAAGUUCAUGGUUCCGGUGAGAGGCGCUGAAGUUCGUUGAUGAAGAGGGGAGUGGCCGAUAGCAGUGUGACAGAGAGAGGAGGAGAUAGAUCUUCCAUCUGCUGGUUCACUCCCCAAACGGCUGCAACGACCAGGGCUGGGCCAGGCCAAAGCCAGGAGCCAGGAGCUUCUUCUGGGCCUCCCACAAGAGCGCAGGAGCCCAAGCACAUGGGCCAUCUUCCACUGCUUUCCCAGGUUAUCUCUGAGAUGUAGAAGAUGAUGAAAAUGACAGAAAUCUGUAUCCUGAAAGAGCUCACUGCUUAGUGAGGAGGCACACAGGGGAGGCCAUUACAAAAACAGGACAAGAGCCUUUGUAAAGGAGUAUUGUGAAGAUUCUUACUCUUCUGAAAACUGACAGAACCAAAAGAUAGGCAGUACCAAAGUGGAGACAGAAGAAAUCUUGGGAGAAAGCAUUUUUGCCUUCUACUGGGACAACUGCUGGGUCCACCAUGGCUCCUGUGAAGAUCAGCCAUGUGGUAUCAUUUUCCUCUCAGGAUCCCAAGUAUCCUGUGGAGAACUUGCUGAACCCGGACACUCAGAAGGGACCAUGGCUCAGCUGCCCUCAGGACAAGAGUGGGCAACUGAAAGUGGAACUACAGCUGGAGAGGGCAGUGCCCAUUGGCUACAUCGACGUGGGUAACUGUGGCUGUGCUUUCCUGCAAAUCGAUGUGGGCCGCUCUUCCUGGUCUCUGGACAGACCUUUCGUCACCCUGCUCCCUGCCACCAUGCUGAUGUCCCUAACUGAUUCAAAGCAGGGGAAGAACAGCUCAGGGGUCCGCAUGUUUAAACACGAUGAUUUCCUGGCUCCAGCCUCAGGAGAGUCCUGGGAUCGGCUUCGCCUGACCUGCUCCCAGCCCUUCACCCGGCAGCAGUCCUUCGGGCUGGCUUUCCUGCGGGUGCGUUCCUCCCUGGACUCCUCGGAUGACCCUGCGAUGGAUCCCACAGCCGCUGUGCGCCCUGGGCUGAGUCAGAUCUCUUCUGAUGACCCAGCAGCUGGUGCCAGCCCGUGGCUGGCUAAUCCUUCCAUCCGGAGGACGUUCUUCCCAGACCCCCAGAAGAGCACCACGGAAAUGUCAAAGCUCAGGGACAUGCUAUUGCAGCUGCAGCCGGGGGCCCUGGGCCGUUCAGCCCGCAUGGUGCUUUCUGCUGCAUGCAAGGUGCCUCCAGCCGGUGUGGCAAGCCCAAGGAGCGACCACGCAGCCCCAGGGCCCAGUCAUGUGGAGUGUGCAGAGCCCAGAGCAGAAGGCCACCACCCAGAGAAUGCCGUGAGCAGGAAGAAGAGACGGAAAGGGCAGCGCCGGCGGCCUCUAUCUACCUCUAACUCCCAGCCAAACAGGAGGGGGACGGCAAAGGCAGGACCAAGAGAACAACACCCACCCCAGGCCCAGCACGGUGGUGCCCAGGAGAGUGGACAGUGCCCCCUUUGUGCAGGCUCCUUUAGCACUGAAACUCUUCCCCUGCAUGCGGCCACUUGUGGAGAGACCACCCCCCCUCAGCCGGCUUCUCCCUCCUCAUCACCAUCUUCGUUGCCGUCUGUACUGUGGGUGUCCUCUCCAGAGAGCUCGCCACUCCCUUCCUGGAUCCAGUGCCCUAUCUGCCAGUUGCAGUUCCCAGCAAGAGAAGUGGAAGAACAUGCCAGCAUGUGUGGGGAGGCCCACGAGCCAUGAGCCAGGAAGCUCCGUGGGCUGGGCCCUGGCCUCUUUGACUAAGACUGGGUCGUGCAUCUCUAGACAGCUAAGAAGGACUCAUGAGGCCAAGCCACCCGCCCUUGCUCCCUCCACGCAUUCCCUCUGGGCCCAGGCUGCUCUGCAUUCCCAGUUGUCAAGGCUUCUGUCACUAUGGUACCCAGUCCUAGAGACAGCUCAGUCCUUUUCCCCUUCGGAAUUUCAUGGGAUUGGUGCUCUGUCGAGGGCCUUGGGACAUCACCCAGAAAAUCUGCCUCGUGAGGAGCAGUACAAAUCCCCGGGCCCAUUAUCCUGAAAGGAAAACUGAGGCCCAAUGAAAAGAAAAACACAGCCUGACAUAUCAGAGUCCAGGGGACACUGGGCAGGUGAGCAGGUUUUGAGCAUGAGACUGACGUCCAGCAUUCCACGAGCUUAACUUGGUGUCCUCCACAGGCUCCCUGCCUCAGCAUAAUCACGUGAUGCUGCUGUGUGACUAAGCAAGUCACUCCUCUCAGGCCGAGUUAACAUCGGUGACAGAGAAAACCCCCACCUUCGUGCUCUCUGAGCUGUUUCGGGGAGCAGCUGUUCAGGUUUGUGGAUCCCACAGGGAGGUGGCUGGGCCAGAGGAUCUGGAAAGUUCCCAGCUUCGGGCAACCACACCCUCUCUCUCCACUCCCUGAAGGUUUCACUGUGUGGCACUAACAUCAAUUCCCUGGUCCCCAGGGUAUGAGGCAGAGGGGGAGCAGCUGGUCCUGGCAAAGGGAGGGCCUGGGGCGGGGUUUCAGACAGACAGGGAAGAGGAUCUAGGCACAGUCAGGGGAGCAGACAGCAGGAGUUCAAUCCUCAGGCCUUGGCAGCGUAGGUGGGUGCAGCCAUGGACCCCCUCACGGUAAGAGACCUUCCCUAUCCACUCCCAUUCUCACUAGGAAUAAGACAGUAGAGUGGCCCAGAGGGGAGGCAGGGACAUGCUAGCUGCCAGGCAGGUGGUGGGUGUCACCAUGUGAGUGGGAGAAGACCCCCGGAGCCCAGAAGAGAAAAGCUGUGAGCAUGAGCCUGGACCCAGAGAGAGAGAGGAACAAGGGGGAGGGACACCCUUCAGAGCAGAUGGCAGAGUCGAGGGGCUUGAGUGGAAGGGGAGCAGGUUGGGAUGGUGGUGGCUGACUUGGCCUGGAGCUGAGGGGCUUAAGAAAAGACCCUCCUGUGUGGACAUGUCUGGACUUGCCCUUCAGAGAGGCUCGUGGACUUUCAGAGGGGUGAGCAGCUGGGAGCUGAAGUCAACAAGAUGGGAGCCAGCCUCCCGGCAGGUGCUAUAAGCCUACAGGUGCAGUUGGGUUCCCAACCCCACGUACCUGAUUUUACCUCCCCCUUCUCUGGGUAACCACAGUUGGCCUUACUGGGGGGGUGGGGGAUGUUCCUGUGAGGGUUGAAGUGUCUAGUUCUGAUACUUCCUAACCUGAAAAAUUUGUACAAUAAAAUGUUGAA